AUGCGCACACAAGCACAAACAGAGAUGGCGCUGCGCGAGGGAGCUUUACGUGCAAACCUGCUAGUCAACAGUCGUAAUUUCUACAAAUUCACCUCAUUUGUCGGUGUCCGGUCCGUGUCUGAAAAUGUGUCAUCCAAACCCGUAACGUCCAGUGCGCCAGAGACCACGGGUGGCCAUUUAAUCUACACACAAGAGCACUUUGCAUUAAAGGAGUCCCUCAGAAAGAUCAUCGACCAGGAUAUCAACCCCCAUGUGGAUCAGUGGGAAGCAGAAGGGAAGUUUCCGGCCCAUAAAGUCUUCAAGAUCUUAGGAAGUGCCGGUUUCCUAGGAGUCAACAAACCAGUUGAGUAUGGAGGCUUGGGUCUUGACUUCAGCUACAACAUAGCCGUGUCAGAGGAGCUGGGACACAUCCGCUGUGGAGGCAUCCCCAUGGCCAUCGGUGUACAGACUGACAUGGCUACUCCUGCACUGGCCAGGUUUGGUUCAGCUGAGGUAAAGAAGGAGUUCCUUCUUCCCUCCAUCUUGGGGGACAAAGUGGCCUGUCUUGGAGUUAGUGAAGUUGGAGCCGGCUCUGACGUCUCAAGCAUCAAGACCAAGGCAGUGAGGAAAGGGGAUGAAUAUGUGAUCAACGGAGGAAAGAUGUGGACCACCAACGGUACCCAGGCUGACUGGAUGUGCCUCCUCGCCAACACCAGCGACGGGCCCCCGCACAGGAACAAAUCUCUCAUCUGUUUGCCCAUGAACCUGCCAGGAGUACACAUCGCUCGCAAGAUCGAUAAACUCGGCAUGUUUUCAUCAGACACAGCUGAGGUGUUCUUCGAUGACGUUCGCGUGCCCUGCAAGAACGUCAUCGGCCAGGAAGGCAUGGGCUUCACAUAUCAGAUGCUUCAGUUCCAAGAAGAGAGGCUCUGGGCAGUGGCCAAUGUGUUGACCAUGAUGGACACCGUUAUUCAGGAAACCAUCCAGUACACGAGGCAGAGGAAGAUCUUCAAGCAGCCCGUCCUCCACCACCAGUCGGUUCACUUCAGGCUGGCUGAGCUGCAGACAGAAGUCGAGCUGCUCCGCUCCCUCCUCCACAGUGCUACAGCAUUGUACAUUAAAGGCAAUGAUGUCACCAAGCUGGCCUCCAUGGCCAAAUUGAAGGGGGGCCGUCUGGCCAGGGAAGUGAGCGACAGCUGUCUUCAGUAUUGGGGAGGAAUGGGCUUCACCAGUGACGUGCUGGUCAGCAGAUUUUAUAGGGAUUCCAGGUUAAUUUCAAUUGGUGGAGGUGCUGAUGAGGUCAUGCUGGGAAUCAUCUCCAAGUACAUGGACACACUACCCAAGAACUGAUGUUAUUAACAUCUGACCCCGGGACUGGGUCACUGUUGAUGUGCUAAUUACAAUGCAUUGAUAAACACAGAUCACCGAAGUGCAGUUCUGAUACAGUAUGUUUAAACUCAUACAAACUAUACAAGGAAGUUGGAUGUUUUUUUUGUGUGUGUGUAGUUAGUCCUACCAGCUCAGACACAGAAUGAAGCUCCUCUUUUGUUUCUCUAUAAAUGUGAAUUUGAUCAUGUAAUUUGAUUAAAACAUUGAUAUCUUUGAAAUUAAACCUUUUUUUAGAAGAAUAAGCUAAAGUCAUAGACUUUAUGUCUCAUUGACAUUCUUAAAAACAGUUUUCAGCACAUGUAAACAACACACACACCUAUCCUGAUCAAUGAAGAGCAUAAAAUUUGUUUAUUUACAUUAAGAAACAUUUUUUACAACAAAGUUAAAACAAUAAAUGAUAAACACGACUGUUCAUUUAAUGUGGAUGCCAAAUGCUCUAGUAUAUGCUUUCAUUCUUUAAAGCAAAUAUGCUUGAUUAUUUGUUGCAGGUAUCAUUCUAUAACUUAAUCACUUAUAACACUUUAAACUUUGGCUGCAUCUACAGACUUGCCAUUUCAUCACUGUUCUAUCAUACAAUGUGACCACUACUGCAUUAAGGUUUUAUGACACAGUAUUAUCUUGUACAUUGUUUCGUAUUUAAUAUUCUGUCUCAUCUUCUCAAUCGGCCUGAUAUCAAGUACAUACAAUAUAGUGGCAGUGUCUACUUCAGAUUUACAUACUUCCUACUUCACACUGACAUUAAUCAUCUCAGACCCCUUUUUACUUUUUGGGCCUCCAUCAAUCAGCUUCGGUAAGAGACCUUUCACGACUCAAAUCUGGGGUCAUUCUAUGAAAUACAGACACAUGGGCAUCUGUAAAAGUGAGAAUCCCUGUCUUUCCUCAUCAUCACUAUGUUGGUCUAGUUUUGAGUUGCAUCGGUGUGGCACAGAUGAGGAAGAGGAGAGGAAGAUGUGGAGUUUAAGGAUCAAGUGUGGCAAGGUCCUUCUAUCACCUCAGCUUGAUGAACCAGUACAGGACAAAGAAAACAAAAAGGCAAAAGAGCAGCAUGUAGCACAACAGUUUGGUCUGGCUGCCUCUGGACAACUGCUUAACUCUGCCGAUGGUGGCACCAAGCAGUCCGCCUGUUGAGUCAAAGUCUGUGUCCUAGUGUGGGAUAGAGGGAUAAAAAGUCUAAAGUCCAGGAAGGCCAGCAAACAAACAUACUGUAGCACUCAGAUGUUACUAUAUUUGACAGUGGUAGAUGUGACCCAAUAUGUUUACUCAAAUGCUGUACUUAAGUGCAGUUGUGAGACGCUUAUAUUUAGUACUUCUAGUCCACUACCUUUCAGGAGGAAAUACUAUGCUUUUACUCCACUGCCCGUUUUCAUUAUUUUAACAGUCAUUGCAACAGAUAAUAACAAUUGUGAAAUGCUAUGUACUGCGAAACCGUGACAUAUUCUGAGAUGCUGAUGGUCCUGAAUCGUUGCAACCCUACUUGCAUGUUAAUGAAUCAAUGAUCAAAAAUAAAAAAACACU